UGUGUGUGUGUGUGUGUGUGUGUGUGUGUGUGUAGGCUGGCCUGGAGUUUCUCAGCCUCACCUGCCAGACAACAUCCACUCCCUCCUCACCCUGUCUGCUAUAUUCUCCUGAAAUCUCCAUCUCCAUCUUGACCAUCUUGACCAGCCGGGAAAAUGCCUCCCAACCUCACUGGCUACUAUCGCUUUGUCUCACAGAAGAACAUGGAAGACUACCUGCAAGCCCUAAACAUCAGCAUGCCUCUGCGAAAGAUCGCGCUGCUGCUCAGGCCAGACAAGGAGAUUGACCAUCGGGGCAACCACAUGAUAGUGAAGACCCUCAGCACCUUCCGCAACUACAUUCUGGAAUUCGAGGUGGGAGUUGAGUUUGAAGAGGAUCUCAGGAUCGUGGAUGGACGAAAAUGCCAGACCAUAGUAACCUGGGAGGAGGAGCAGCUGGUAUGUGUGCAGAAAGGGGAGGUCCCCAACCGAGGCUGGAGACACUGGCUGGAGGGAGAGAAGUUGUACCUGGAACUGACUGCAAGGGAUGCAGUGUGUGAGCAGGUCUUCAGGAAGGUCAAAUAGCCAGAGAGGAACUGAGCGCCCCACCAGACUGCACGGGUGCCCAGCCUCCUCUUGCUUGUACCCCUUCAAGUCCAGAUCAUCCCAGGUCAGCAGUCAUUUUCUUGGGGCACUUACUCUCUCUCCGGAUCCCUCCUUUUUCCUCCCCAUGUUAAUCUGUAACUUGUAGCUCCCAGACCAAAGUCCUUUUUUGUCACACUCCACUUCCUAAUUGUGGCCUCAAAUCCAGUUCAAGGUCUGGCCUCCUGGAUGAAAGAAACAGGCCUAAAGGGGAAAGGCCCCUUGAAAACAAUGGAUCUCAACUCUA